AUGUUUGUGUCGAGGAUCUAUGAAGUAUGUGCACGAAGAGUGUCUUCUUCAUUGGCUGAAUCUUCGCGGAUACAAGAAAAAUGCGAGGUAUGUGGGCGUAGCUACUCUUUUGUUCCUGUGUACUCCGAGAAUGCUCCGGAGAGGCUUCCGUGUAACGAGUUUCUGACUGGAUUGUUUUCGAGAGUAUCACGUUACAUGAAAUUGAUCGCUCUUUGGAUAGUGGUGAUUCUGUUGAACACAUUCUGUUGUUCCUUACACCCUUGGGGCCAAGAAGUUGCUGCUGCGUGCCAACGAGGUUUUUGGAUGUCUCGGAAGUUUGCUUCUUUGUUGGCUGGCCUGCUUUACAGCACUUUGAUCGUGUGCCUCAUGUUCAUUAUCACUGCUAUAAGGAAGCAAGCAGGAGAUCCCAAUAUCGGGAGAAUUCUUGGUGACGCUCACCCUGCGGAUUUUAUUUGGAAUGGCCUACAACAAGGAGUUCUUGGUGGAGUUAUGCAGGUCUUAUGGAAAUAUACGAAAAUCCUUUGUGAUUGGUUUCUUUUAAAACUCAUCAAGUUCUUGACGCAACGUCGUGGACUAAUAGUUGUUCUUCGAAAUGCGCCACUUCAUGAAUUUGGAGUUCUUCGGAGGCUGCUCUUCUUUCUAGAUGACGAUGCCUUUGCUGUUCUUACCAUCAACUUAUAUGUGUCUAUCCUCUUUGUUCUUCUUCCGCUUUCGAUUGGAUCGAUUGUAUUAGCAACUGUUGGAGGCAGCUAUUUCUCUGGAAACUCGCCUGUUAUUUUUGGAUACAAGAUGAUGCUGUCAAUUCCCAUUGCUUACUCUGAAAUCCUUUUCACUCUCCAUCACAACUCAUUUCAAGCCUUAGUCCGGUGGUUUUUGCUAGGAUUUCACUUCAUAGCAAUCGAAUUGCCAUGUCUCUUGUGGGGUUUCUCAGUAAAAGCCAGCAAAAACCUAUCUCUUAUCAAGGAUGCUUUCGUCUUUUGGAAAUUUCUCCAGGAGAUCAUUCAUAAACGAGCCUUUUGGUAUCUUCUAGAUGUCACAGAUCCAGACUACAAGAUCACCAAUCUCUAUCUUAGUUACACUUUCUUUGCGUUUGCUUCUCAUGGGGCACUGUUAGUGACUUCGGUUCACUUACCAAUUAAAGCAAUUGCACUGAUCAGCCCAUCAUUUUUCCCUCUUGAGUUAUGGGUUACCGAUGAAAGGCUUAUGUUUGGUGCAUACGCAAUUUAUUUCAACAUAAUGACAUUAGUGCCCCGAGGAGAGGGCUUUCAGCAUGCUGAUCAGAAUGUAAGACCAUUGCUGCAACCAAGACAGCCUUACGAUGGUAAUCUUUGGUUUGUAUUGUGUUCCAUAGCUGAAGGCUCUAGGGUCAUCCAUGGAUCUCAGAAUGCUGAAGACGAUAUUAAAGACCAAAGAGAUAACAGGAUUGCAUUGAUGUUGGUGCUAGCUGCUUUCAGUCUGUUCCUCUUUGGUACAGCCUUCAUGGCUUUGCCAAUUUUGGUGGGGAGAGUAUUCUUUGACUCUAUCUCUAUCAUCAUGCUAAGAUUUGAAAUCACUCAUCAUGACGAAGGGAAGAAUCAAUUUGCUUCUCAAAUCUGUCUUGAUAUGGAUACGCAAUGGAUUGAUGUUCUCCAUCUGGAUCUCUGUCAUACCAGGAUUACUCGGUCUACUUAUCGACCUUAUGACCAUCAUCCCGUAUCAAUUUCAAUUGCCACUAAACGAAUCACCCGUCUAUUUCAUGAUCCAAGAUUGGUUGAUCGGUGUAGUGGUGCUUCACAUCUGGACCUUUCUGGUAAGAGAAACAAACACCAAGGCGGAUUUCAACAAAGACUCAGUUAG